AGUUGUUCUUUUAUUUUUUGACAGCUCCAAAUAUAUUGUGUAAAAAUAGAACAGUUUGUUCUCAACCCCCAAUUGGCCUUAGUUCAGUAUGGUAAAUUCGGAGUGCAGCCUUGAGUGACAAUGGCCAAUCAACCGCCCCCGACGACGACCCCGCGCAAAGAGAAGCGCAUCGAGCGGGACGAGAAUCGUGGCCAGUGGAAGUCCAAGACGGAGUUCAUCCUCUCGCUGCUCGGCUAUGCCAUUGGCAUUGGCAACGUUUGGCGAUUUCCCUAUCUGUGCUACCGCAGUGGUGGUGCCGCCUUUCUUAUUCCCUACAUGCUGAUGGUAAUAUUAGCCGGCAUACCACUGUUUUAUAUGGAGCUCCUUGUCGGCCAGUUUUCCAGCACUGGAUGCACGGGCAUGUUCCGCAUGGCGCCCCUGUUAAAAGGAACCGGAAUCGCUCAGGUUCCCUGGGAGGACUGUGAAAAUCCUUGGAAUACCGACGACUGUGUCCCCCCCGAUGACUUGGGCAAGCAUAACCAUACUGAUGGAUUCAAAACUGCUGCCGACGAAUUCUUUCACCUGGAAGUGCUUAGAAUCUCAACCGACAUCUCAGAUUUGGGUGGCAUGGUGUGGGAGCAGCUUGUGAGCUUGCUGAUCACCUGGAUUAUUAUUUACCUGUGCUUAGUGCGCGGAAUAAAGUCUGUGGGCAAGGUCGUGUACUUCACGGUACCCUUUCCCUACAUUCUGCUGUUCAUCCUGUUCGUGAGAGGAGUCACAUUGCCCGGGGCCUGGAUGGGCAUCAAGUUCUACCUGUAUCCCGAGUGGCAUCGCCUGCUGGACCUCAAAGUCUGGGCCGAUGCCGCCAUCCAGAUGUUCUUCGGCUUGGGACCUGGCUGGGGUGGUAUCGUCAAUAUGGCCAGUUUCAGCAAUUUCCGGAAUAAUGCCAAGUGCGACACUAUUAUUAUUGUGUCGAUAAACGUGUUUACCAGCAUUUUUGCGGGAUUCGUGGUCUUUGCCGUGCUGGGUUUUCUCUCGGAAAAGUCGGGCAUUCCCGUGGAGGCGGUGGCCACUGGUGGAGCGGGACUGGCAUUCGUCACAUAUCCGGAGGCCAUUGCCAUGCUGCCAGUACCGCAGCUCUGGGCACUCAUGUUCUUCAUCAUGCUAUUUCUACUGGGCAUCGACAGUGUGUUUGUACAACUGGAGGCUAUCAUGUCAUCCAUUUUGGAUGAGUGGCCUUGGAUAAGGAAGCACAAAUGGAAACUGACGCUCAUCUGUUGCUUCAUAUUUUUCGGCCUCUCAACUAUAAUGUGCACAAAUGGCGGCAUGUUUGUCCUCCAGCUGUUUGACUGGUACUCCUCGGCCAUAGCCGUUAUUGUCAUAUGUAUGGUGGAAAUAACAAUGGUGGCCUGGAUUUACGGCAUUAAAAACUUCUUGAUGGAUAUCGAGUUUAUGCUCGGUAAAAGACCAAGUCUGUAUUGGAGGAUCCUGUGGCAGUUCGUCACUCCCCUAGUCCUAGUCUUCAUUCUCAUCACGAGCAUCGUGUUCAUGAGGACGAUCACCUACAACAACGUUUCGUACCCCCAGUGGGCCGUUAUAAUCGGAUGGGCCAGUUUUGUGUCAUCAGUUAUUUGGAUACCGCUUUACAUAUUCUACAUCAUGAUCCGCAAGCGAGCCACCUUGUGCGAAAGCCUGAAGAAGCGCCUCAAGCCCCUGGACUGGACGCCAGCGGAUCCGCAAGAUCGGGCGGACUACGAGGCCUUCCGAAGGCAGAGACAGAUGCCGGGAUUCAUGUCUGAGACAGACAUGGAGGGCUCCAAGUAGAUUUUAUAAAUAUAUAUAUUUUUGAUAUUCCGUCAUA